ACAUAUCAAUAUUACCAGCCUGAUAAUCAUGUCCUGGACACAAUAACAAUUCUACUAAACCUCCAGGAUGUAGCGAAAUUAUCCGUUAUCACUUCCAAAGAAAAGGAGAAACUUGUCAUUUAUAAUCACUCGCAGAACAGUCUUAUAGACAAUCCUUCUUUGCAAGUGAAGAGAACCGAACGUAACAUCCACGACUGGAACAAGGGACGAUUACGAGGACCGCUGAACAAACCCCGGACCGCACCCACUGCCUGAACCUUCCGCCGAGGACCGCUGAACAAAGCCCCGGACCGCACCCACUGCCUGAACCUUCCGCCGAGGACCGCUGAACAAACCCCGGACCGCACCCACUGCCUGAACCUUCCGUCAUGAAGUCUCAUUUAGCUUUAUUGAUGUUGGUCCUUCUGGGACUCAAUUCUUCCUUGGCCAGACCCACUAGUUCCGAAAAAGCAGCACCUGAGAAUAUGUAUAAGAUAGCCGCCAAUAUGCUGCUAAAGACCAGUGAAUCUGUCCAAGAAUGGGGCAAUCAAGUUCUGGACGUAUCCAACUCCGGUUUCACCACUCAUCUCCUGAAAGAGCUAAGAAACUCCUUGACCUCUGUCACGGAACACACCAAUACGAACCUUGAGCCAUACCUGGUAAUGUUGACAGUCAUGAAGUCCGAUAGCGCCGUCGAGACACGCACGCAACCCCCGCAAAGUAUCGCGGAUGAGGCGACGGCCAUGCUGAAGGAGGAUGUGGCCAAGGUCGUCCUCAAGGAUGACGAAAAGCUUUUAUUGGUCACUGGAGAUGGUGAAUCCGCGGCCAGCACGCGCCUCCGUCUGAACGUGCGUCUGUUUGAGCAGAUCAUGCAGAGGCUGGAGAACACCAUUGAGGACUUGAUCGACCUCAUGUCUGUUGGUGAUGAACAAGAUCUCGAAAAUGAACUCCUUGAUUUUGUCAGUGAAAUAGCCUCCGAAUCAAUGGGUCUUUCGAUCGUCUUCUCAGGGAUGGAAAACAGCUUCGCCCAGGAGGUGACCAAUCCAAGUCGUCGACAGCGUCGUAGCCUAGCGGCUGGUUGUCCUACCCAGCAUCAGCACUAGUCACUAAUGACGACUAACCCAUGAUUCGAAACCGGAAAUGACGCAUGACCACUUUCCUCUUUGGCUCAAUAGUCUUAAUUGUCUCUUACAGUCGCCAACGCCGGAGAAUCGCGUCCGAUUGCCGUGUCAUGGUAAAACAGCAGUAGUAGCUUUGAAUAACAUCAGUUAUUGACGCCGACGUUAAUGUUAACGAUCUCUGCGGUGAACAACUCGAUCCAAGAGAGUGCCUCUGAGGUGUGCGCGCGAAGCGCUGGUCAGGGUGCAGGCCGCUGGCCGUCCUGCAGACGCUGGCGGGAAUGAUCGUUUCAACGCCAGGCCAACAUUUGCCUAAGCAAGCUAUUAAAGGAUUGAAGUGGGCUCCCGGACUGUAAGAUUACUAUCCGCUGAUCUGUGUACAGAAACAUAGAUCAAGUACAGUUAAUAGGCAGGUUUCGAACUCUUACGAAGUGCUGAGAACUACGAGAUAUGUAAAUCAUGAUGAAUUUUAAAAGAUUUCCCUGAUUCUCUCGACUCAAUAACCUUUGCGGUUCUUUCACGUAACGACAACUGUGUUUAUUUUUGCCACCAUUGAAUGCUUUCGAUUUCUUGUUGGUGAAAUUUUAAAAGCUUUCCUGACACUUUGCUAAUCCCGUGAUUACACAAUAAACUGAAAACAAAAGAAGGUGUUUUCGUCAUUUUUCAAGGUUGAGGAACCGCUUCAAACAAGAUAGCGACCUUUCAAUGUUGAAUGGGUUCAUUCAGAUCUUAAAGAUUAAACUGUAAAACUAGAAGGUCAACGUGUUUGUUCAACACGAGCUGAGAGGAGGAUGCUGUGAUUCUAUCUAUUCCUCGAGUUCGAUUAUUUUUAGCACAUUUCCAAUGAAAACGUAUCGGUGAUA